AUGUCAACCAAGCGCAUCUCUUACACAGUCAAAGGCGAGGUCCAGGGCGUGAACUUCAGGUCUUUCACGCAGAAGCAGGCCAGAAGCAUUGGAGUCACUGGCUUCGUCACAAACGCAUCGGAUGGCAGUGUCCAGGGCGAGGCACAGGGCAGCGACGAUGCGAUCAAGCAGUUCGUCCAGCACCUGAACAAGGGUCCCCCAGCAGCAUCCGUCUCUAGCGUCAAGCACGACGACAUCUCCACCAAGUCAGGCGAAAGCAGCUUCAAUGUUCCGUAA